CUCCCCGAUGCCGUCUACGAUGUCUUGGUCGUUAGAUUUGUAAGCUUGAGUCAGGAUAGAGGUUGCCGUGGUGACCCUAAAUUGUUUCAGAAUAAGGCUGAAAUUAUAUUCGAUGAUAAGCAUUGUGUGAGACUAGGUCGGAUUUUCAUUGACAACAAACAGUCUUUGAAACUUGAAAUAUCACGGAUGAAAGAGCGAGAUGAACACUGUGUGGACAAGCCAACAUGCAAGCCGCAUCCCAACGUAUGUACAGAGGUUUUGAACAUGUUAAAGCAACAUCUAGAUGAGGUAUAUCCAUCUAAGAAAGUUGUUGGCUAUUCUCUGAACAUACUUUGCUUUGUCUGCGUGAACCCAGAGACAGCACACUUUCAAGAACUUGAGUACUGCUUAAAGAACGAGUAUAUAAAUUGUGAUGAAACAGGAGAACUUAUAGUAAUGCCAACAGCUAAAGUACAGAAUCUAUUUGUGGCAGAUUUGCCUGUUGAUAACAAAAGAAAAAUAUCGGACUCAGACCAACUUGUAGUGAAAAAGCUCAAGACCUGUGAUACAACAGACGGAGAAAGAGGAAGUGCAGAAG